CUCUCAAGUGGACAAAAUGAAUAUUUUACUGUUAUGCUUCGUUGCAUUCUGCACAUUUAAAACAAUAGUGUGCGAUGAUCCCAUAGUUGAAGUUGAACAGGGAUUGUUGCGCGGCAAACUCCAGGAUGCUGUCGUAGGUGGAUAUCAGUUCUACAGUUUUGAAAACGUUCCCUACGCAAAACCACCCGUCGGAGACCUGAGAUUCAAGGCACCCGAAGAACCAGAAUCAUGGGAAGGCGUCAGGGAUGCGACCGCUCUAGGACCCAUGUGCCCACAGUUCAGUCCCUUGACUGGCAUCUUGAAACUUGGCAGUGAAGACUGUCUCUCCGCUAACAUAUACACUCGCAAUUUAACAGGAAAGGCACCCGUUAUAGUCUACAUGUCUGGCUUUGCCUACUUCUUUGAUGGAGAUUAUGAAAAUCUCUAUGGAGCUGAUUAUUUGGUCAAAGAUUUGGUAGUAGUCACAUUUAAUCACAGAAAGGAUGUACUCGGUUUUCUAAACCUUGGAAUUAAAGACGUUCCCGGAAAUGCUGCUCUGAGAGAUCAAGUUUUACUUCUUGAAUGGGUACAAAAGAAUAUUGCAGCAUUUGGAGGUGAUCCAGACAGCGUUACUUUAGCUGGGUUAAGUUCUGGUUCAGCAGCAAUUGCGCAUCACUUGAUGUCACCAUUAUCCACAGGACUAUUCCAUAGGGCUAUUAUGCUUAGUGGAGUACCUACUUGUGAUGCUAUACUCUCAUAUAAAGUUAAGGAAAAAUCUUUCCUCCUUGGCAAACAAUUAGGAUAUGAUGGUGAAUCUGCAGAGGAGUUAUUAAGUUACCUUCAAAGUUUACCCUAUGAAGAUCUGAUUUACAAAAUGGUAUACGUUUCAUCUGAUGAAGAAAAGCAUAGUCAGUUGUUGAAGAAAAUGUCUACAUUUGUGCCAGUUAUCGAAGAAGAUUUUGGUCAAGAUAGAUUUAUCAGCGAGGAUAUUGCGAGCGCUUUAGAAAAUGGACUGGUCAACAAAGUUGAAGUCUUGAUUGGAUAUUCUGACCAAGAAGCUUUGAUUGUCGUUAAUCAGUAUGCCGAUUACAUGUUGAACCUCUUCAAGAAUGACCCACUACUUUUCGUUCCCAACAAAAUAUUGUACCAGGAGGACAUUGAGGACAAAAAACUGGCAAUCGCUAAUUCGAUCAAAGAGUAUUACUUGGGAGAUAAAGAAGUGAGCGUAGAUAACAUGAAAGAAUUCGUUCAGUGCAACAGCCACUCCUGCAUGAUAUACGAUGUUUUGAAAUUCGCACAAAAGGUUUCUAAACUUACUGAUACGUAUUUGUUAAAAUUCAGUAGUGUUUCAAGCAGGAACGUGUACGGUAAUGAGGGACAGAAGUACGGCAUUACAGGAGCUUCUCAUGGAGACACCGUCUUGUACAUGUUUGACCCUAAACCAUUGAAUAUGGUUGUAAGCGCUGACAGCGAGGAAUACGCUCUUAUCACACAAUUUGUAGGCAGUCUAUCCAACUUUGCAGCGACUGGCAAACCUUCCGCUGACUGCCCUCAAUUCGACGUUGACAGCCAGAACUAUGUAGAAUUCACAGACUCUAUGACUUGUAAACAAGGGCCUAACAGUGAUGACAUUGCAUUCUGGGACAGCAUCUACGAACAGGCGAACCACCCUAUCUACCCAUACUGAUAUGAUGACCAAUAUCCAGGGUCAUUUUUCACUUUAUAUCAACACAGCUUUUAGUUUCAGGCUUCUGUUGUUUUUCUUUAAAUGAUUAUGUUGUCAUUGUUAAAAUGUCUUGUCUACUUUUGGUAAAAAGA